AUGACUACAAACAGCAUGCUCAAGGGUAUUUGGCCCGGCGGACCCGCCGAUCAGGUGAGCGGAUGCGGUCUGCAAGAGGAUGAGGAGGAGGACAUCGACGUGCGUGCGUCUGGCGCACACGCACGCACGUACGGCUGCGACAGGACGAGGGAGGCAAGCGGAAUCUCUAUUGACGCAUACAAGCACCUAUGCUGACAACCAUCCUCCCACGACGCUUGCCCUUGCUGCACAGAUCACACCCAAAGCGUCGUCCAAUAAAGCUGAAGAGCGCAACCCGUUCGACGCCCUCACCAGCGGCUCUAGCGCUCCUCCCAACAGCACAAUGUCCGCACCAGGUGCGCCUGCUGAUCGGCUGUCUCACUCCAGAAACAACAGCGGCGGGCCGGGUCUGGGCGCUGGAUUGAAUCAGGGCAUCCCGUUCAACAGCUUGAACCACGCUGACCCCCUCACACCUGGCAUGAGAACACCUGGCGGAGUGACGAGCCAUGCCAGCAUUCCCACGACGAGCAUCAGUACCAGUGGUGAGCGGGCAGAGAGAGAGAGAGAGAGAGCCUGCGCCUCAUUUGACACUGAAGCUGGCUACCAAACGCUUGUCCUCUCCCCCGCAGUGCCCGACUUUUCCAUGAAGCUGCCGCCAGCCAAGGCGAAGAACGAUGCUGCGUCGCACACCACCUCUUCGGGAACGACGCGCAACACUUCUGCGCCUAGAGGCUACCUCACAGUCAAGCUGGUAUCCGCACGCAACCUCAUAGUCGGCUCGCCCUCCUCCAAACCCUACGCAGUCGUCUCGUUUGAGCAAAACGAAUUUAUCGGUAGGGAGCCAAUCGAUGAGUCGGCGGAACCCGAAGCAAAGGGCAAGGCGAUUCCCGUUGCCCAAGCGGAUCCGAGCGGCUCGAGAGCGAGAGCAAAGACUGUGGUUCCGCAAGACGCAAAGACUGGCGGUGCUGCUGCUGCUACUACUGCCAUGGCUGUGGAUCAAGGCGGCGCGAGCGCAGCCUGCACCUCUGAGAUCGAAGGAAGAUUCACGCUGCAUCCCGUGUGGAGGCACGAGGUGACUUUUGACGUCACGCAUCCAGACAAGACGAUCUUUCUGAGCGUGUACGAUAGGCAAGCGGAGGAAGAAGGUUUCCUGGGCAUGAGGGAGAUUCUGCCUCGGUUCGUGCAUGGCGCGGCGUCGGACCAGUGGUACGCUCUCAAAGCGCGCGAGGACGCAGAUGUUCCAGAAGAGGGGAGAGGAGAGGUCAGGGUGGAGCUCAAGUAUGAGAGAAUCUCCUCCAAAAAGCGUCUCACUCCGAGCGAUUUCGAGUACCUCAAGCUGAUCGGCAGGGGCACCUUUGGCAGAGUGUUUCAGGUGCGAAAGAAGGAUACGAAGCGCAUAUACGCCAUGAAGGUGCUGUCCAAGAGGGAGAUUGCGCUCAAAAAGGAAGUGACGCACACGAUGGGCGAGCGACGCAUCUUGGAAAAGUCGCUGGAUUGCCCCUUUCUCGUGGGUCUCAAGUUCAGCUUCCAGUCAGAGUACGAGCUGUACUUUGUUACGGACUACAAGAGCGGAGGAGAGUUGUUCUGGCAUUUGCAGCGCGAAGGUCGAUUCACCGAAGAGCGAGCAAGGUUUUACAUUGCCGAGCUCGUUCUUGCUCUGGAACAUUUGCACAAGUACGACAUUGUCUAUAGAGAUCUCAAGCCUGAGAACAUUCUCCUCGACGCUACGGGCCACGUCGCGCUGUGCGACUUUGGACUCUCCAAACCGGACCUGGGAGCGGGUCAAUUGACCAACACGUUUUGCGGCACCACCGAGUACCUCGCGCCAGAGGUCCUGCUCGAUGAAUCGGGCUACUCUAAGCUGGUCGACUUUUGGAGUCUUGGAGUGUGAGUGCUGGAGCGGAGGCUUGCAUCAACGCUGGCCGCUGACAGACAUGUCAUCCCUUGCAGGCUGCUGUUCGAAAUGUGCUGCGGGUGGAGUCCCUUUUACGCAGAGGAUACGCAGCAAAUGUACCGCAAUAUUUGCUUUGGCAAGAUCAAGUUCCCGAGGGGCGCAAUUGGCGAUGAUGGAAAGCAAUUCGUCAAAGGGGUGAGUGCCCGCAAGAGAGCAUCUCCCAGCUUGCAGCAAGCUUACCCGCCCGCUCGAGCCGUUUGCAGCUGCUCAAUCGGAAUCCCAAGCAUCGUCUGGGAGCUGGCAGGGAUGCGGCAGAUCUCAGAGCGCACGCCUUUUUCCGCGACAUUGACUUUGAAGCGCUAUCCAAGAAGCAGCUCACGCCGCCGUUCAAGCCUCUGGUCGAGUCGGACGAGAGCGUGGCCAACUUUGACCCUGAAUUUACGGAAACGGACCUGAACGAAGUUGCGGUGAUCCCCGGCUUUGAAGGCGAUAAUGGCGAGGGGCGAGAGGCUCUGGAAAGUGGAGCGAUACUGAGCACGAGCGCUCAAGCGAAAAAGGAUGCCGGCAAGCAAGCCAACGGCGUUGCGAUCAAAAAGACUGGCAAUGGGACCGCAGCGGAUGGCGAAGAGGAUGAUGCGCUGUCGAGGAGCGUGCAGGACAAGUUCAGAGGCUUUUCCUACUCUGGCACGUACGAUGGAAGCGUGGCUGGUAGCAUGGCCAGCAGCUUUGGAGGUCGCAGAGGUAGCGGAGGCUUUGGUCUUGCUGGUGCCAGCCUGGGCAUGAGCAAGAUGCAAGUAGACGACAAGGACGACGAGAGCAUCGUCGACGAUGCCGCCAGCAAUGGCAGAUCGGCUCGAGAUGUGCAAAUGUCCACCUAG